UUAGUCGGUUUGUCGUUGCUACACAAACAUCAAUCGUCGACGAGAUUUCAAUCUAGCAAGAUGGAAUUCGGUGAUUUGUUGAACUGCGGUGUCAGCGUGAAAAAAGAACCACGUGACGAAGAAAAUCAUCACGAAAUAAUUGACGAAACUCCUGACAUAAAAAAUGUUCUAUUUUCCAGAGAAUAUUCGACGCUUCACGAACGCGAAAAAAAUCACGAAAUGGUAUUUGACGACGUGAAAAUCGAGUUGGAAUGUGUUGACAUGAAGCCCCAUUUAUUUGUUGUUAAGAAAAUGGAAGAUUAUUCUCCAAAUCACUUGCAGAAUGUGAGAAACAGCGACGAUUAUGAGACUAAAAACAUAGUUAAACUAGAAACUGUGGAUGGAGUGAAAAAAGAAAUGAAUUUGAAUUUCGAUUGUGAUCUCGGUGAGCGGAAUGAGGUUGAAAGAGUUUCAAAAAAGAGUAACUAUGACAACAGACUCGAAUCCUACGUCGGUACGACGCGUGGUGGUAUCGCUCAUACGUGUACUACACGUGGAAAGACGUUUAAACAAAAACGCAGUCUCAAAGAUCAUAUCAAUACAGUGCAUUUGGGUAUCACCUAUGCAUGUGAUAUAUGUGAGAAGAAAUUUGUGGAAAAGAAGAGUUUAAAACGCCACGUAGAUGAAGUGCAUAACGGCGUUAAACAUGGAUGUGACAUAUGCCAAAAGACAUUCUCAGGCAAAAGGGGUCUCAAAAGACAUUUCUAUGCGGUGCACAAAGGUGUGAAAUAUGCAUGCGAUAUAUGUUUAAAGGAAUUCAUGUCUAAGGAUAGUCUGAAAGUACACAUCGAUUCGAUACAUAAUUGUGUCAUUCAUUCUUGCGAUAUUUGCGAAAAGACAUUCACACAGAAGGGUCAUCUCAAAACUCACAUCGAAAUGGUGCAUAAUAAAAUCAAGCAUCAAUGUGAUAUAUGCCCAAAGACAUUCUCAUCCAAGAGUAACCUCAGAAAACACAUCGAAAUAAUACAUAAUGGUGUCACACAUGCAUGCGAUGUUUGCCAAAAGAAAUUUACAAGUAAACAUCAUCUCAAAACUCACAUCGAUUCGAUGCACAAUGGCGUUAAACAUCCAUGCAAUAUUUGCGGCAAGGCAUUUUUAAAAAAAAUAUAUCUUAAAACUCACAUAGAUGCGGUGCAUGACGGUAUUACUCAUGCAUGCGAGACAUGCGGAAAGACUUUUAGAUAUAAACAAAAUCUCAGAGCCCACAUCAAUGUGGCUCAUCCCGCACGCAUUGCAAAUAAAUAAAUUUUAUAAAAUGUAUUUUUAAUUGUGUCAAAAUUGGUGGUUUACUAUCUAAGUGUGUUUUUUUUCAAAAACUAGUGUAAAAAUUGUGUUUUAUUACGAUAUUAUGAAUUCUUCCAAUGUUAUGUUAUGUUAUUUAUAAACGUGAAAAAACAACGUUCGUGUUUAGAAAAAAAUCA